AAUUGAUUCCAUUCCAACCCUUUGUUUAUCUGCUUUUCACCUUCUGAUAACACUGAAAAGACGACUUUUUAGAGGCGGACUGUCAAUUUUCAAAGUCAUUACCAGAAAAAAGGGAAUGGGAUCCUGUUAAAAAGUGAUACUAAAGGGCUUGAAAUUUGUAGUAUGCAAGGUGGAGCAAUGCCAACUGCUGUGUCUACUCAGGGGAGACAGAUGCCCUAUUAUACACAUCCAGAUUAUAAAAUUUAUGAGUUUAAUAAGAAACUUCUACAAAGGACAGAGGAAUGUGACAACAUUUGGUGGGACAAUCUGAUCAGCGAGUUUUUUGAAGAUAAUGCCGUUUUAACAAUUCAAUUUUCGCUGGAUGAUGUACCAAAAAAGUAUUCAAUUGGUCGCAUAUUGAUACCAAGGUACUUCAGAAGCCUCUUUGAAGGAGGUGUUUCAAGCGUGUAUUACCUACUGGAUCAAUGCAAGGAGUCAUUUUCUGAGUCAGCGGUUAAUUUGGAAUGCGAAAAGAUGACGACAGUGACGCAUUUUUCAAGUCCCGUUAUGACGAAAGUCUUCACAGAAGGUCACUUUGCAGUAGAGUUCAACUUUGACAAUCUUCUAAGAAUUCGGCAUUGGAUCUUUGAUAUCAAGCAACACCAAGAAAUGGUGCCGCGCAGUGUCCUGAACUCGGAUGAUGAUGCCCUUGAGAAGAUAACGAAAAAUAUAACGCGACAAGGCCUUACGAAUUUCACGAUGAACUACUUACGGCUCUGUGUUAUCCUCGAACCUUUACAAGAAAUGAUGUCAAGAUACAAGACUUACAAUAUGCCACCUAGAGAGUGUCUGAAGUCUGUGCUUUACCAGAAGUGGCAGUCACGAAUCAUGGGACGACAAGAUUUUCCUGGUCCUUUAAUGGAACGCACGUGGAAGAGUAGUGGUCCUGAAGGUGGUCAAAAACAAGCUCCGAAGCGCCGCAAGAGAAGGGCAUCCACUGCUACCAACGAGAACAAUAGUAAACUUGGCAAUUCUGCAUCAGCGGAAAGAGCGAGCAAAAGGAAGCCAUCGCCUAUUGCUGGUGCUAGAGGAGCAGGAACGACCACAGAUGUGAUGCUUGUUGGAGAACCGACUCUGAUGGGCGAGGAGUUUGGCGCAGAAGAUGAAAGAAUCAUAACCAGAUUGGAGAAUACACAAUAUGUUGCCUCGAAUGGCGUCAAGGAGGAGGAAGCGGAAUAUCAUGAUGGAGCUGUGUCUUCUGCGGGCAACUGGCCAGAGGGCAGAAAAGGGCUCAAAGAGGAAAAGAUUGCCGAUUAGAACAGGAAAUGGAAAACACUACGACACUGACUAUUUAGCAAGAACCUAUUAAAUAGGGAUAUCACUAACUAGAAGAUUUUGGUUUUAGCAUUUUAACAGAAGAUUUAACACUAACCAAAUCAGAGAGCUUAAAAGUGUACGCUUAAAGAUGUAGCAAGAUUAACAGUUCCGAAGAAAUCCAAGUAUGAUGCCAGGAUUGUUUAGUUUACUUUGAACAAUUGUGCAUAUCUACCCACAUAUAAGAUCAUAUAUCCAUCUGUUUGACCAAAUGUAUUUACGGAGCCACUUUAACUCAACUGGUGACUAACUAGAGAAACUCAUGCGAAAUUUGCCUAUGCAUACUCUCUUGUGAUUGGGCACCACAAAUAUCGGCAAUUUUGCCUUUAAGACUCAUUGCUAACAAUGAGCCAUUGCCCUACGCAAGCAUCCCAUAAUGCAUUUUCAGACAGUCUGAAACCAACUUUGGUUAAUCCGUAGAAGCUUACUGCCAUUGUUUGGAUCGUCACCACGCUCGCAAAGGCCCGUUGUUAGCAAUGAGUCUUUAAAGCAAUUGCUAUCGUAUGUGUGAACUGUCUAACUUGCUUUCAUCAGACAAAUGAGGUUUAAGGUUUUUCUUGGGCUGAUGUUCCCAUGUACUUACUGAUUUCCUUUAUUCCGCUGACAAAAAGUGACCAAGAAAGUUCACCGGUGAGAUACAUGGCAAAAUACCCCAGAUAUAUCUGCUAUUCAAAGUCCCCCACACUGCCACUAUACAAUAUGGUAUUUAUUAAAUGAUCCUCCUGAUCCUUCUACAAGUCCGUUUCAAAUGUGAAAGAGCGCCACUGCCGUCUAAGAAUGGAUUUAAUAACAGUUUACUGUCGCAUUUCUGCCUCGUUUGUAUUUUGUUCAAAUUAUCUGCCUUUGCUGCGUUGUAGCAGCUUAUCGUAGAUAAAGCGUUUAGAUGUCAUAUCUUAGCAUCAAUAGUUAGAUAAUUAUAGACCGUAAAUUAAGAGAAUAACGUAGCUACCCGAAACGAGCGUGCGUUUACUGUAAGGAAUCAGUUUAUUAUUGUACAUGUACAACAUACUUUGUAAGUAGGACUGGGUUUUGUGUGAGAUUCAAAGGCGCAGCUGAUAAAUAAGCAUCGUAUAUGCAGCCGAGACUCCAAGUAGUUAAGAUGCGUUCGCCAGUUUGAUCCUUUUGCAUAUUCCGUUUAAGCAUUUUCAUGCCAGUACCGAACGGUUUGGAUGUCGCAUCUUCCGUUAUCUUUGUCUCGAGUCUUUUUAUGACCUGUCUCUAUCAUCCCUAGUAGUGGGUAUUUAAAAGAUUUUGCAACUUUUAUUCUUACUUCUCUUAUCCUUUUUGAAUUUGCUGUCGUUCUCUCUUGGCCUGCUCCUCUUCGUUGCCGUCAGUCUUUAUGCCUUAAAAAAGAUUUUGAAACGUAAUAUGUAAUGCUGUGAUUAGAACUGCCAUGUACUAUAUUCAUUAACUAAUGAGAUACUUUGGACUAACUUAA